CAUCAACAACUCAUCUCUCAAUCCUCUAAACAAAUCAAUUCAACUUCGCUCCAAACAAACACAAUGAAGCUCUCCAUCUUCGCCUCUCUCUUCCUCGCCGGCUCUGCCAUUGCCGCUGGUGCCGGUGGUAGCGGUGGUUCCAAGACCAUCGACGACAACCAGCCCUGCCAGUCCGACAGCAAGACUGACUACUGCAAGAGUGGCCUCUGCAUCCAAGAGCCCAGCCAGCCCUCGGGCACCUGCAGACCUAAGGGCCAGAACUAAGCGU